AUGAUGUUGAAGAAUAAUACAUUGCUGGAUUAUGAGUCAAAACAAGGAGUUAUGUUCUUAUUCGAUGAUAAUAUUGGAUCGCACAUAUCUAUAACUGAUAAAGUAUUCCAGUUCGUGUUCAAUUAUCUUUCAGUGUAUGAAUUAAAUCAUAUCAGCCGUACAUGUCACGCUCUUAACAAUGCAGUUUACAAGUAUGUGUUAAUUAAUGCGUCAAAAAGAUUUGCAUGUGAAGUAUUGAAAAAUAAAGACAUAUUGGACAAGACACGAAGCAACAGCUACGCUUGGGAUUCCGUUAUACAUUUCACCGAUUCAACGCGACUGCUUAUUGCCGUAAUGUCUGGUAAAGUUGGCAAGAACUAUCAACUUGAAAUAGAAGUACGGCGACGUUUCCGUGGUUUCUUCAUUGAUCAACUAACAGAAUCGGAAUCAAAGCAAGGAUUUUGGCUUUCUGCGCUUCUGCGAACUCAGAAAAGUGUCGCAGAACAGGGACGAUUGUUCAUGCUUUUAUUUGGCCCUAUAAAAUAUGUUCGUGGCCAGGAGCGAAUUGAUUGGUACUUGAUGUCAAAGAAAAUUUUCACCAGAAAUCAGUGCGCUCAAAUUAUCAAACCAUUGUCAUCAAAUCUUUAUUGCCUUUCGAAAACAAGAGAAUUGAAGUCGAUGUUUUCCUGGAGCGAUUCUGAAAUUUUCACUUUAAUAGAAGAAAUAACAAGUAUGUGUCAAUAG